AUGCCCUCCAUAAAGCUGCACCCACACUGCUCAAGUCCAGCAAAAGCAGCUGCGACCGCCUCAACUCCGAACAAUCCCCUCCCAGCACUCCUUCAAACACCCUCAGGCCUAGCCCUUCUCGAGCUCCAGGGCACAAUCAAUGUCCCCUCGGGGAACGAAGAAGAUGACAUAGACUACUCUUCCUCUAUGGAUAAUCCAGCCUCUACCUUCGAAACUCCGAUCGGAAAACUCAUGUUCCCAGACUACUCGGUCCACAACCCAGAUGACACAAAAUGGAUGAAGCGCGCAUACAUGUAUGUUGGCCGGUACCAGCGGAUGACUGGAGAAGUCAAGAAGCUCCCACGGCCAAUUGCUGUGCUACAAAAACGACAGGCGUCGGAGGGCGAGGAACUGGAGGUUGUGGAGAUUGUGCGCUAUAAGAUCUUCUUCAAGAGUCGGCCGGAGCCCGUAACAAAUGUUUGA